GAACGACGUCAGCGGCAGCUCGUGCCAUUAGCACUUGAUGCUCCGGAAGGAGAGGUUCGUCUGCCUGCGUCGCCCGUCAAACUAUUUUUCUCACUUGUUGGGACCGCCAGCAGGCCGAAGCUCGAAUGCCUGUAGCCAUAGCCAUGGCUUCGUCCAAGCUGACCCCCAGACAGCCACAGCCGACCAUCCUGUUCUCCACUCACGCCUCCACCACCACAACCUCGGCCACCACGUCGGUGCCCACCAUCAGCAUUCCCGUCAGCGCCAUCCACGACCCGUACAGCAACGUCAUCACCAUCACGCCGUGCUUGGUCUUCAAGACGACCGCCACCGUGGCCGAGCAGAUGCAGGCCCUGCGCCAGGACAAGAAGCUGGCCAAGCCGCUCGACCAGCCGACCGGCGCCCUCAGAGUCAAGAGACGCACCGACCUCAGCAAGCUGGGCCUGCCCGAGGCCAAGCCGGCUUCUGUCUCCAGGAGAAACGCCAGGGAACGGAACCGAGUCAAGCAAGUUAACCUCGGGUUCGAAACCUUGAGGGAGCAUGUCCCCAACGGGAAGAAGAACAAGAAGAUGUCCAAAGUCCAGACACUGAGAUCCGCUGCCCAGUACAUCAAGGACCUGUACACGAUCCUACAUGGGGAGCUGCCGGCCCUCGGCUCGCCUAACAUGAUAGAGGACCACGAGCCGGACAGUCCGCUGGACAACAGUGUCUGCUCCAUGAGCGACACGGACAACGACGUGAGCGUCAGCAGCCCUGACACCAAAGUCCUGCAGGCUCAGCACCUGCUGCAGCAGUCAGGCUCGCCCCCCUCACCACACUCCCCCGUCACGUCCCCACAGACACCCCCACAGCCCCGACAGAAGGUGCUGCCGCUGAUCUUGAAGAAAGAAAACAUCUCCGUCCUGCAGCAGCAGCUGAGCAGACCCCAGGCGUCCCAGCCCAUCAGGAGCCUGGCGGUCCUCAGACCCAGUCCCCUAGUGCAGGACAAACAGGCGCCCCGGGACAAACAGACAAGUCCCCUGGCACAGGAGCAACAGAACUUUCUCAUGCAGCACGAGCAACUACGGCUCGCACUCCGACCUGUACAACAACCACAGCAGUCGUUACAACCACAGCUACAACAACAGCAACAACAACAUUUCGACCCCGCCGCCAUCCGCAUGGAUCACCUGACCUGCUCCACAGUCAACACCAGCGACACCAAACUCAGCUUCCUCUCUUCUAACCUCAACACGUCCACGUUGACCCAGCUGUCCCCUGUGUCCCUGAACGAAGAACAUUACGAGAUGGACUUGUCCCCUGACCACAACAUCACGGACACGGACAUGAACACCAGCAACGGCAACAUGGAUCUUCCGCCCUCCCCGUCCGCCCUACACCCCAGCGUCAAUGACGUCAACAUGAACGUCAUUGACAACGACCCGGCCGAUUUCAAUCUUCUACAAAAAUAUUACAACUCAAUCCACAACGAACAAUUCCGGAACAUCGAUUCUAGUUUGAUCUUUGACCCCCGCCCCCCGCACAGUGUGUACAGCGUGCCCGAGGGUCUGGUCCACUCGCCGGCCGCCAGCCUGUCCAGCACCAGCUCGACCAUCAGCUCAGAGACGGACGUGGUCGGCUCGUGUGACUACGAGAGUGUGGACACGGCCCUGCUGGACAUCUCUAACUGGAUCAGUGAGCUGUGCAGCCAGAGCACACAGUGACUUGCUGCUAGAUUUCUCUCAUCAAAAGAUGAACAACUACGAGACCGCUGAACGCCAGUCAUAUUUACUGCAAGCUGGGCCACUGCCCUGUACAUCAGCCAGUUGACCAUCUCCUGGGCCAAGUUGGUAAACCACGGAGCCAAGUUUUGUUGGGCCAGAAGUGGUGGAACAGACGGAGCCACAGAGCCAAGUUUUGUUGGGCCAGGAGUGGUGGAACAGACGGAGCCACGGAGCCAA